UGUGGAAUACUUCCCACAUAUGAUGUACAUAAACACUGCUUUGUUAUUUAGGAUUGCUUAUUACAGCUGACAUUGGGAACCAUGAAGUGUCACUUUGCUGCCAGCAACUUUCUGCUCUCCCUCUUGAUCUUGGAGCUCGUCUGUUUGGGUCUGAGCAAUCGGCUACCGUACUUCAUCAACUAUUUCUUUGACACAUACCUGCUGAUCAAUGAGGAUACCCCCGUGGGUUCAUCAGUGACUCAGUUGCUUGCCCGGGACCUAGACAACGACCGUCUUGUGUUUGGUGUGGUCGGGGAGGAGGCCAGCCGGUUCUUUGCAGUGGAAAGCGUGACUGGAGUUGUAUGGCUCAGGCAGCCCUUGGACAGAGAGACUAAGUCAGAAUUCACAGUUGAAUUUUCUGUCAGUGACAGCCAAGGGGUGAUCAAGGGGACAGUGAAUAUCCAAGUGGGAGAUGUGAAUGACAAUGCUCCAAGGUUUCACAAUCAGCCCUACAGUGUUCGCAUUGCAGAGAACACACCAGUGGGAACUCCAAUUUUCAUAGUGAAUGCCACAGACCCAGACCAGGGGGCAGGAGGGAGCGUGCUUUACUCCUUUCAGCCUCCAUCCAGCUUCUUUGCCAUUGACAGUGGCCGCGGCAUUGUGUCAGUAAUACGAGGGCUGGAUUAUGAAAUCACUCAGGCCUACCAGCUCCAGGUCAAUGCAACGGACCAAGAUAAAAGUAAGCCCUUGUCCACUUUGGCUAAUCUGGCAAUCACCAUAACAGAUGUGCAAGACAUGGACCCAGUCUUCAUCAACCUGCCUUACAGCACAAACAUCUAUGAGAACUCACCUCCGGGUACAACAGUGCGUAUGAUAACGGCAAUUGACCAGGACAAAGGACGGCCCAGGGGUAUUGGAUACACCAUUGUCUCAGGUAACACCAACAGCAUCUUUGCACUGGACUACAUCAGUGGAGCUUUAACCCUAAAUGGGCCACUGGACCGUGAAAACCCUUUCUACAGCACUGGAUUUAUUCUCACAGUGAAGGGUACAGAGCUGAAUGAUGACCGCACCCCCUCCAAUGCUACAGUGAUCACCACCUUCAACAUCCUUGUCAUUGACAUAAAUGACAAUGCCCCUGAGUUCAAUAGUUCCGAGUACAGUGUUGGCAUCCCAGAGCUGGCCCAGGUGGGCUUUGCCCUUCCCCUUUUCAUCCAGGUGCAGGAUAAAGACGAGGGACUCAACAGUGUUUUUGAGGUCUACCUGGUGGGAAACAACUCCAAUCACUUCAUCAUCUCCCCAACCUCGAUCCAGGGAAAGGCAGACAUCCGCGUUCGAGUUGCAGUGCCGCUGGACUUUGAGACAAUUCCUCGCUAUGAAUUUUCUCUGUUUGCAAACGAGAGCAUGCCAGACCACGUUGGCUUUGCUCGUGUGAAGAUUAACCUCCUCAAUGAGAAUGACAACCGCCCCAUUUUCAGCCAAGUCCUGUACAACGUCAGCCUGUUUGAGAACGUCACAGUGGGAAUCACUGUCUUGAGGGUCCACGCAACGGACAAUGAUGUGGGCAGUUAUGGGAAAGUCAGCUAUUUUUUCAGUGAUGAUCCUGACAGGUUCUCUCUGGAUAAAGACACAGGUGUGAUCACACUGAUCGCCCGGUUAGACUUUGAAAUGACGCAGCGCUACACGCUGACUGUGAUUGCCAGGGACGGGGGUGGGGAAGAGACUACAGGGCGAGUGAGGAUUAACGUUCUGGAUGUCAACGAUAAUGUCCCCACCUUCCAGAAAGAAUCCUAUUUGGGUGCUCUCCGGGAAAAUGAGCCUUCAGUCACUCAGGUGGUCCGUCUCAGGGCAGCUGAUGAAGAUUCCUCUCCAAAUAACCAGAUCACUUACAGCAUCGUGCAAGCUUCAGCCUUCCGAAGUUCGUUUGACAUUAGUGUCUCUGAAGGCUAUGGAGUGAUAAGCGUGACUCGUCCUCUGGAUUAUGAGCAAGUCUCCAAUGGAGUUAUUUAUUUGACUGUGAUGGCCAAGGAUGCUGGUGUCCCAUCACUUAACAGCACUGUUCCCAUAACCAUAGAGGUGUUUGAUGAAAAUGAUAAUCCACCCACAUUCAGCCGGCCAUCCUACGUCAUUACUGUUAUGGAGGACAUCAUGGCAGGAGCCACAGUGCUAUUUUUAAAUGCCACUGAUUUGGACCGGUCCAGAGAAUAUGGUCAAGAGUCAAUUAUCUACUCCCUCGAAGGUUCCUCUCACUUCCGGAUCAAUGCUCGUUCAGGUGAAAUUACCACAACCUCUUUGCUGGACCGGGAGGCCAAAUCAGAGUACAUACUCAUUGUCCGGGCCAUGGAUGGUGGCGUGGGUCACAACCAGAAAACAGGCAUUGCCACUGUGAACAUCACUUUGCUGGACAUUAACGAUAACUAUCCCAUGUGGAAGGAUGAUCCAUACUUCAUUAAUCUGGUGGAAAUGACCCCCCCAGACUCCGAUGUCACAACGGUGGUUGCUGUUGACCCUGACCUGGCUGAGAAUGGCUCCCUUGUGUACAGCAUCAGGCCACCGAAUAAAUUCUACAGCCUCAACAGCACCACAGGGAAGAUCCGGACCACGGGGGUCAUGUUAGAUAGAGAGAACCCAAACCCCCAAGAAGCUGAACUGAUGAGGAAGAUCAUGAUCUCCGUCACUGACCGUGGGAGACCACCUUUACGGGCUACUGGUAGUGCCACAGUUUUUGUGAAUUUGCUGGAUCUCAAUGACAAUGAUCCCACCUUCCAGAACCUGCCUUUCAUUGCUGAGGUCCCUGAAGGCCUUCCAGCAGGCUCUUCCAUCUUCCAGGUGGUGGCCAUAGACCUGGAUGAGGGUCUGAAUGGGCAGGUGACCUACCACAUGCAGGUGGGCAUGCCCCGAAUGGACUUCCUCAUCAACAGCAGCAGUGGGCUCAUCAACUCCACAGCAGUGCUGGACAGGGAGAGGAUCUCCGAGUAUUACCUCAGGGUGGUAGCAAGUGAUGCGGGAGUACCGUCCAAGAGCUCCACCAGCACCCUGACAGUCAGAGUUCUGGAUGUGAAUGAUGAGAACCCCACAUUCUUCCCAGCUGUCCACAACAUCUCCCUACCUGAGAACAUACGCCGGGACUUCAAAGUGAUCCGUCUGAACUGCACUGACGCUGAUGUGGGUCUGAAUGCUGAGCUCAGUUACUUCAUCACUGGUGGAAAUCAGGAUGGUAAGUUCGGUGUUGGCUUCAGAGAUGGUGUGGUCAGAACAGUAGUGAAUCUCGACAGAGAAACUAUGGCAUCAUAUACCCUAGUUCUGGAGGCCAUAGACAAUGGCCCCACAGGGAACAGGCGGACUGGGACAGCCACCGUGCACAUCACUGUACUAGAUGUCAAUGACAAUCGGCCUAUCUUCCUCCAGAGCAGUUAUGAGGCCAGUGUACCUGAGAACAUCCCAGACUCCAGCAGCAUAGUUCAGGUGAAAGCCACAGAUGCGGAUGAAGGUGUUAAUGGGAGAGUGUGGUACAGGAUUGUCAAGGGAAACAAUUACAACCACUUUCGGAUCAAUCCCAGCAGUGGGCUGGUCAUGAGGGGCUUACGACACCUGGACAGAGAGCACAAUUCCUCCCAUGUUCUGGAGGUGGAAGCGUACAACAGUGAACAAGGAUCAAUGAGGAGCUCUGUUAGGGUGAUAGUGUAUGUGGAAGAUGUAAACGAUGAGGUGCCUGUGUUUACCCAACGGCAGUAUAACCGUCUAGGGCUGCGAGAGACUGCAGGGAUUGGAACUUCUGUCACAGUUGUCCGGGCAACAGAUCGAGACACAGGGAAUGGAGGUCUGGUGAAUUAUAAAAUCCUGUCUGGCUCCGAGGGGAAGUUUGAAAUUGAUGAGAGCACUGGCCUCAUCACCACCAUUGACUACCUGGACUAUGAGACAAAAACCAGUUACCUGAUUAAUGUCUCUGCCACAGACCAGGCACCCCCCAACAACCAAGGUUUCUGCAAUGUCUACGUCAGCCUGUUGAAUGAACUGGAUGAGGCUGUGCAGUUCUCAAACCUCACCUAUGAGGCAGUGAUCACAGAAAACAUCCCCACAGGCUCAGAGGUGCUGCGCGUCCUGGCACGCUCCAUUGACAACCUGAACCAGAUCACCUACAAGUUUGAUCCCAACACCAAUGCUCAGGCACUGUCCCUGUUCAAGAUCAAUGGAAUCACUGGUGUCAUCACAGUCAAAGGCCAGGUGGAUCGAGAGAAGGGAGAUUUCUACACUUUAACAGUAGUGGCAGAUGAUGGGGGACCAAAGGUUGACUCUACUGUGGUAACAAUCACCGUUCUGGAUGAGAAUGACAACAGCCCACAGUUUGACAUCACCUCUGAUUCUGCAGUGAGCGUAGCAGAGGACAGUGCCAUUGGGAGACGAAUUGCUGUAGUCUUGGCCAGAGACCCAGAUGCAGGAAGCAACGGGCAGGUGGCCUUUUCUCUGACAUCAGGAAAUAUAGGUUCCGUCUUUGAGAUACGCACCACCAACAAUACCUAUGGAGAGGUGUUUGUGGGAAGGCCAUUGGAUAGAGAGCUGCUGGAUCACUAUACCUUAAAGAUCCAGGCAUCUGACAGCGGAGUCCCACCUCGGAGAAAAGAGCACACACUCAGAGUUAAUAUCCUGGAUGUCAACGAUAACCCACCAAUCAUUGGGAAUCCCUUUGGAUACAAUGUUAGUGUUAAUGAGAAUGUUGGUGGAGGCACCGCUGUGGCUCAGGUGCGAGCAACCGACAGGGACGUUGGGCUCAACAGCGUCCUUUCCUACUACAUCACCCAGGGGAAUGAAGAUCUCAUCUUCCGCAUGGAUCGAGUCACUGGGGAAAUCGCCACCCGCCCGUCCCCUCCAGACCGUGAGCAGCAGAGGUUCUACGGGCUGGUUGUCACCGUGGAAGAUGAGGGCAACCCAUCCCUUUCAGCCACUACCACAGUGCGUGUAACUAUCCUGGAUGAGAAUGAUAAUGCUCCAGUGUUCCAGCAACAGCAGUAUGAAGUCACACUGGAUGAGGGCCCGGCCACCCUCAACGCCACCCUCAUUACCAUCAAGGCACUGGAUCGGGAUGAAGGGCCCAACGGCACAGUUGCAUACGCCAUCGCAGAGGGGAAUAUCGUGGGCACCUUUCACAUUAACAGCACCACAGGGCAGAUCUGCACUGUGAAGGAGCUGGACUAUGAGAUCAGCCAUGGACGCUACACCUUGGUUGUCACUGCCACAGACCAGUGUCCAAUCCCGUCACGCCGUCUCACAACCACUACAACGGUGUUGGUGAACCUGAAUGAUAUCAAUGACAACCAGCCUACUUUUCCAAGAGCCUAUGAGGGACCCUUUGACAUCACAGAAGGUCAGCCUGGCCCAAGGGUGUGGACUUUCCUGGCCCAUGAUGGGGACUCAGGGCCUAGUGGACAAGUGGAGUACAGCAUCAUAGGAGGGGACCCUCUUGGAGAAUUUGUGAUCUCUCCGGUGGAGGGGGAGCUGCGAGUUCGGAAGGAUGCCGAGCUAGAUCGAGAAAACAUUGCAUUCUAUAAUCUCACCAUUGCUGCCAAGGAUAGGGGGACACCUCCUCUCAGCUCCACAGUCAUGGUUGGAGUGUGCGUUUUGGACAUUAACGAUAAUGAUCCUGUGCUCCUCAACCUGCCAAUGAAUCUCACACUCAGCGAAAACACCCCCACCUCCAGCUUUGUGACCCGCAUUCUUGCCCAUGAUGCUGACAGUGGGCGGAACGGACUCCUGACCUUUAACAUAACAGCCGGCAAUGCAGAAAACUCCUUUUACAUCAAUGGCACUACUGGCAUUGUCUAUGUAAGCCGUCCCUUGGACAGGGAGCAGGUGGCUGAGUACAGACUGACUGUCACAGUGAAGGACAAUCCUGAGAACACGCGCAAUGCCAGGCGGGAUUUUGACCUGCUGGUGAUUUCAAUAGCAGAUGAAAAUGAUAAACAGCCACUUUUCACUCAGAGCUCUUACGAGGCAGAGGUGAUGGAGAACUCUCCAGCAGGAACUCCCAUCACAGUGCUCAAUGGUCCAGUUCUAGCUUUGGACAGUGAUCAGGGCAUCAAUGCACUGGUGAGAUACCAGCUGCUGGGGAUGCCAAUGGAUCUCUUCAUUGUCAACAACAGAACAGGUGUCAUUUUGGUAAAACCUGGCAGAGUGAUUGACAGGGAAGCCUUCCUGAACCCACGCCUUGAGCUCACACUGGUGGCAGAGGAUGUUGGCAAGCUGAACAGCACUGCUAGGCUCACUGUGACCAUACUGGAUGAUAAUGACAACAGGCCAUCAUUUAACCCAGCAGUGGUGACAGUGCAACUGCAGGAAAACAGCCCCCCAGGUUUUUCUGUCCUUCAGGUAAUGGCUACAGAUGCAGACAGUGGCCUCAACCAGCAGUUGAGCUACCGGAUUGAGGGUGGAGCUCAGGAUAAGUUCCUGAUCAACGCCAACUCCGGAGUAAUCCAAGUGGCCAACAUCACCAUAGAUAGGGAAGAAAGGGACACCUACAGGCUGACAGUGAUGGCUGUGGAUUCAGGCAUGCCUCCUCUCUCUGGCACCGCCACCGUCAACAUCCUUGUUGAUGAUGUCAAUGAUUAUCGGCCGGAGUUCAUCAACCCGAUCCAGACGGUCAGCGUGCUUGAGUCAGCAGCGCCUGGCACCAUCAUCGCCGAGGUCACAGCAAUAGACAGAGAUCUCAACCCCCGGCUAGAGUAUUACAUCAUUGAGAUUCUGGCCAAGGAUGACACCAAUGCUCUAGUGCUGGGUCAGCAAGGAGCAUUUGCUGUGGAUUUUAAAACAGGAGCUGUGAAGGUUAAGUCCUCCCUAAACAGAGAGCUUGUGGCCACGUAUGAAAUCACCAUCUCUGUCCAUGAUAACGCCAGUGAUGUUCUUGACCGUUCCGUCAGCGUGCCAAAUGCUAAGCUGACAGUGAACGUGCUGGAUGUCAAUGACAACACUCCCCGAUUCCGUCCUUUUGGGGCCACCUAUUUCACUGAGAGAAUCGUGGAAGGGGCCACACCGGGGACCACCCUGAUUUCCUUGUCUGCGGUGGACCCAGACAAAGGUGCCAAUGGACAGAUCACCUAUGAGUUGCUGAACCUUUCACCUGAAGGCUAUGCCCGACUUGAAGACCACUCAGCAGGGAAGGUUAUUGCAAAUAGCACGGUGGACUAUGAAGAGGUGCAAUGGCUGAACUUCACUGUCCGGGCCUCAGACAAUGGUUCUCCUCGGAGAUCAGCUGAGAUCCCAGUGUAUCUCCAGAUAGUGGAUAUCAAUGACAAUAAUCCCAUCUUCAGCCAAACGUCUUACCAGAAGCCAGUCUUUGAGGAUGUCCCACUGGGUACGGUCAUCCUGAGGGUCAGGGCCACUGAUGCAGACUCCGGGCGCUUUGCCCUCAUCCAGUACAACCUGGGAGAUGGAGAGGGCAAGUUUGGGAUAAAUCCCAACACGGGUGAUAUCUAUGUCCUGUCAGCUCUGGACCGAGAGAAGAAGGAUCACUACACGCUGACUGCUGUAGCAAGGGACAACCCUGGGGACAUUUCCAGUAACCGUCGAGAGAACUCUGUGCAGGUGUUGAUUACGAUUCUGGACAUCAAUGACUUCAGGCCCCAGUUUGCCAAGCGACAGUUCAGCACCAGCAUGUAUGAAAAUGAGCCAGCAGGGACAUCUGUGAUCACUAUGACAGCCACGGACCUCGAUGAGGGUGACAAUGGAGUGGUGACCUACAGCAUCGAGGGUCCUGGAGUGGAGGCCUUCAAGAUUGAUAAAGACUCCGGGCUCAUCACAUCCCAAAGACACCUACAGUCUUAUGAGAGGUUCAAUCUGACAGUGGUGGCAACAGACAAAGGCAGACCACCUCUGUGGGGAACCACCAUGAUCCAGGUGGAGGUCAUUGACAUUAAUGAUAACCGGCCAGUGUUUGUCCGGCCACCCAAUGGCACCAUCCUGCAUAUUAAAGAGGAAAUACCUCUCCGGUCCAAUGUGUAUGAAGUCUAUGCCACAGACAAGGAUGAGGGUCUCAAUGGAGCUGUACAGUACAAUUUAUUGAAAACUGGAGCAGGGAAUAAAGACUGGGAGUACUUCAGCAUCGACUCCAGCAGUGGACUCAUCCAGACAACAAGGAGGCUCGACCGAGAGAAGCAAGCAGUGUACAAUCUGAUCAUCGUGGCAUGUGACCAAGGCCAACCCGCAUAUGAGACCAUGCAGCCUCUCCAGGUGGCACUGGAUGACAUUGAUGACAAUGAGCCCAUCUUCCUGAGACCACCUAGAAGUAGCCCUCAGUAUCAAGCUCUGUCUGUUCCUGAACAUUCCCGCCCUGGUACCAUUGUGGGGAAUGUCACUGGUGCUGUGGAUGCAGAUGAGGGCUCCAAUGCCAUCGUCUAUUACUUCAUAGCAGCUGGUAACAGGGAGAACAAUUUCAAGUUAAGCCAGGAGGGGAAGCUGCAGGUGCUACGAGACCUGGAUCGAGAGACAGAACCCUAUUAUUCCAUCAUUGUCAAAGCCUCCAGUAACAGGAACUGGACACCUUCUAGAGGUCACAGGGCAGCCAGAAUCCAGGCCUUGGACCCCAGCACAGAUACCACUCUGCAGGAAGUCCGGAUCUUUCUGGAUGAUAUUAAUGAUCAGCCUCCCCGAUUCUCUAAGUCAGAAUACACAGCAGGGGUUGCGACGGAUGCCAAGGUGGGUUCAGAGCUGAUCAGGGUAGUGGCACUGGACUCUGAUGUGGGGAACAAUAGCCUGGUCUUGUACAACAUCCUGGGGAUCCGUUACAUCAAGCAGCACUCCAAUGACUCGGAGGAGGUGGCCAGCAUCUUCAGUAUUGGUAACUUGGAUGGGAUCCUGCGAACCUUUGACCUUUUCACAGCCUACAACCCUGGCUAUUUUGUGGUGGACAUCAUGGCUUCAGACCUAGCAGGGCAUAAUGACACUGCCAUUGUCGGAAUCUACAUCUUGCGUGAUGACCAGCGGGUGAAAAUCAUCAUCAACGAGAUCCCAGACAAGGUGCGGCAGUUUGAGGAAGAGUUCAUCAGUCUGUUGUCCAACAUCACAGGAGCCAUUGUCAACACAGAUGACGUGCAGUUCCAUGUGGACAAAAAGGGCCGUGUGAACUCUGCCCAGACAGAGUUGCUGAUCCACGUGGUGAAUAGAGAAACCAAUAGGAUUCUGGAUGUGGAGCGAGUGAUCCAGAUGAUUGAUGAGAAUAAGGAGCAGCUGAGGAAUCUCUUCAGGAAUUACAACGUGUUGGACGUGCAGCCUGCCAUUACUGCCAGGGCCCCAGAUGACCUCUCAGCACUGCAGAUGGCAAUUAUCAUCUUGGCUAUUCUCCUCUUCCUGGCUGCCAUGCUCUUCAUCCUCAUGAACUGGUACUACAGAACAGUACACAAAAGGAAAUUAAAAGCUAUCGUGGCCGGCUCAACAGGAAACCGAGGCUUCAUGGACAUCAUGGACAUGCCAAACACAAAUAAAUAUUCCUUUGAUGGGGCUAACCCUGUGUGGCUAGAUCCUUUCUGCAGGAAUAUGGAGCUAGCAGCGCAGGCAGAGCAUGAAGAUGACCUACCUGAGAACCUGAGUGAAAUCACAGACCUAUGGAACAGCCCAGCCAGGACUCACGGAACAUUUGGAAGAGAGCCCUCUGCUGCCAAACCCGAUGACGACCGUUACCUGCGAGCAGCCAUCCAGGAAUAUGACAACAUUGCCAAACUAGGUCAGAUCAUGCGGGAAGGGCCCAUCAAGGGCUCUCUCUUGAAGGUGGUCUUGGACGAUUACAUGCGGCUGAAAAAACUGCUUGCCCAGAGGAUGGUGCAUAAAGCCACCACCAGUCAGGGGGACCAGUCCUCGGUUACCGAGCUGAUCCAGAAUGACCUGGAUGAAGAGGAGGAGCAGAGCCCGAGCCAGGGGAGCCUUCGGUUCCGGCACAAGCAACCUGUAGAGCUCAAAGGCCCAGAUGGUAUCCAUGUGGUGCAUGGCAGCACAGGCACUCUGCUAACUUCUGAUAUCAACAGCCUGCCGGAGGAUGACCAAAAAGUGCUGGGUCGGUCCCUGGAGACACUGAACACAGACUGUGGAGGCUAUAAUGACCGCAACACUCGCACUGAGUCUGCCAAAUCCACCCCCAUGCACAAGAUGAGGGAGGUGAUUGUGGAGAGCCCACUGGAGAUCACAGAGUUAUGACUAGAAGUGGCAUCACUCGUCUAGCAUUCCAAGAAAGCGUGGCCAAGCAGAUAGUCACUGCAAAAAGAAAAAACAGACACGGGGCAAGAGGGUAGACGAGAACCUAGUGGCCUAAUCACAGCCCCAAAAACUAAUCCUACAGAGAUAGCCAGCUGUUUUGUUUUGAUACUACAGCCUUGGGGAGCCUUACCUUGGUGGAGGGCUCUCAGGACUGUGCUUUACUAGAAGCGCACAUCAUUUGAUCAUUAAAUUCAUAUUUUUUUAUUUUUUUUAAAAAUAUGAAAGAUUAAAAAUUUCAAAACAGAAGAAGAGAAGCCCUGUGGAAUAGAGACAUGAACUGCUAAUGUUUAGGGUUGCAAAAAACCUGCACCAAGUGGGUACAAAGACUCAAGACUUGCAUAUUUCCUCAAGUCACCCAUGGCUGCAUCAGUGCAUCCUCCUGCUGUGUAUGGGACAGGAGCACAUCACACCAGGGUGGGGGAAGAAGGUUCUGGGGCUGAUGUGGCAUUCCAGGAAGCCUAUAAAGGGAGUCUGAAUCUGUUUGGCAUUAAUCUGUGUCAUCACCUUUACAGGAAGAGAAAACAAACCGAAGACAUUUCUCCAUUUUGCUGGCUUACCAAAUCAUAUACAACGUCAACCAGAAACAGACUGACAUCAACUUGGGUUUUGAAUGUGGAGUGUUCGUGUGUAACUUUUUUUGUUUGUUUGUUUGUUCCGUUUCUAAUAGUAACUUGUUGAGAGUUUUGGGAAUGGUCUGUUAAAUGAACCAGAAAUACAAUAUGGAUUUGGUUAACCUGUCCAUUCUUGUUUCUUUCUCACUACCAAGGGGCACUUCACUGGGGAAGGUGUUGGAUUUACAUAGCUCUCAGUGCUCACUCAUCUGUGUAUACACUGCUAUAUAUCAGCAAAGAACUACUGUGACUGAAUUUUUGUUGUGAAUUAAAUACAGACAAGUGUGUGGCCUCA